CUCACCUUCUUGCGUCUCCCUUUGAACAGGCUCAUGGACGAAGAUAGUUAUGAUCGCGCACUCCAGGAGAAAGGCAUUCAAUAUGUUUAAUAGUCACUAUCCCAAAAGUGAUUACCCCGGAUUUCUCUUGAGGUCUGAAGUACAGGAUAUCUUAGACAACUGGGAGAAGCUCGUAAAGAUCGACAACGAAGACAAACUGGCAAUGUUUAUCGGCAGACGGAUUUUGCAGGUACAGAAAGUCGAGAAGCAUGUCACGCUCUGUUGUGAUUGGGCUGACAGACAAGUCCAGUUGCGCCUUGAAGAUGUUAUUUCUAGGCUGCGAGGUAUCGGGUGGGGCCCCGAGCUCGAUUACUUACAGCGAAAGGAUUAUGCACCGAUAAGGAAGCACGAACAGAUGCGUGCGGCGAGGAGGCUCUCAGACCGUGCUUGGCAGAACAUGCGCGGGGACAUGGUCAAGUGCAUGCAACAGACCAGGCAAGAGCGUCUCGAGCACGAAUUGAGAUACAGUCUGCCCAAACGCUGGCCAGACUUGGAGUUUGCCCUCGAGGAACUCGUACAACACUCAAAGGCGCAGGUUUACUGCCUCGGCUUAGGCGACAUCGCGCUUUCGCCGCAAAUCCGCCAGAUCAUGUGCGCUCCCGAGAACGAGGAAGUCAACUUUACCAACUUCACGGCGCUGCGAGGAUGUAUGGGCCAGGUGGUCGAGGAAUGGGUGUCAUAUGUCAGCAAUGACCUGCGUGGUCUGCUCACGCCGCGCCAGUCUGGCGGCUCGGCCGCAAAGCUCACCGCGGCAGACACACGAAACACUGUGGACCCAUUAGAGCUGGCAACGACGAGCUUCCGCUGCCUCAUCUGCAACCACCGCCUGUAUUAUCCAGGUGCUCUCGCACAUGCAUGUCUGCGUGCUCCACUAUUCCAACGAGGACACGAUGACGUAUACGGCCAAUUCCUCUCCAAAAAGUUCAAAAACCACGGCCAUCUAUUGGCCAUCUGCUUCGACAGACUCGGUGUAUCUGCGCCAUCUGCUGAUGCUCUCAAGCUGAUAGAGCUUUGCGGCAUGGACCCAAAGGUGGUAACUGCGAAGGAAAUGGAUGCACUGGAUGUGCGUUUCGUGAGAAACAAUGAGGAUGUCAUGACCUGGCGAUCUGCGAUGUUCCAUCAAACACGUCCGAGCAGCAUCAAGAGCUGGCGUCUCGCGACUUCCUAUGAGGUUGCCGACGCCAAGGAACACGAAUUGGGGAUUCAGGCGCGAAAGUCCUGGUUGGUCCCCAGGAUAAAGAACGACAUCAGAGUGCCGACCCUUGCAGCGCGCUCGGAGAGUCUACUACAAUCCGGGGCACUUGAUAGUCUGGAGGCUAACGGUGUCUAUCAGGUGAAGCUGCAAGGCCACUAGACAGUGUAGUUUCACUGUUUUUUGUUCUUCAAGUUCCGAGUCAUCUUCCUCGACAUUCUCCGGCAUCACCCUGCUAUUGGCUUUGACAUUGACGAAAACGACAGCGAAGUCAAUGACCGUGUAUGGACACUGAUCGGAUGUACACAUUCAAUGCAUGCUACCG